GUAUCACAAACAGACUUUCAAUGUUACCGCAGCGCAAACAUCGUCAUCUCUUUUGGCGUUGACAAUGAUCUCGCUGGUAGUUCCUGCCGCAUAUUCUUCCACUACUGGAAGUAGUAAGGCUGCCGUAGAGGGGACUCAUAAAGAUCUUUAUGAAGAUGUUGGAAAUAAAGUAAUAGAGAAGCCAAAAACUACACUUUUUGUAUCAAUAACCGCGCAA